AGAAAAUGGCGGCUGUUUGUUGACAGUCACCAUGAAACGAUUUAAAAAGUUGUGUUAUAGCCGAUUAUGAAGAAUUAGCAUUCUUCGAGUCGACAAGGUCCGAAAGACCUGUUUUAAAACAAUUGUUUUUACAAACAUUCCAUUUGGAAGUAAGUAGGAUUCAGUGGAACUUGCAAAGCUACCAAGAUGUCUGGAAUGAUGAUAAACAACCAGGUGAUCCUGGAGGAAGACUACGAUGAGAACUAUGAACCCACUGAACCUGAGAUAUAUGAAUAUGCACAGAUUAUUGGACUUGACCCAAAUGUAGAGCCACACCUCAUGUGGAUUGGCAAAGAAGGAAUCAAUGCACCGCUGCCAGAGAACUGGAAACCAUGUCAAGACCCUGAGAAGAACAUCUACUACUUUAACUUUGCCACUGGGGAGAGUAUCUGGGAUCAUCCUUGUGAUGAGUUCUACAGAGCCAUGGUCGUGGAGGAGAGACGCAAACAUGCUCUCAAUAAGUCAGGUCCUCAGAAGAAAAAAGGGAAACCUGCAAAAGAGGACUUCAAAAAGAAAAAGGAAAAACCCGGAGUCAAGCAACUUGGUCCCCUGAAAGCUGAGCCAAGUAGGGGCACACCUUCUGUCCACCAGGGCAGGAAUCAGCUGGGUCCUCUAAAGUCCUCCGAGGGUCAGGGGACAGCAGGGUCAUCACAGCUGGCACCUCUCCGGGGAUCUGCAGGAGCUAGUCAGCCGAUACGGUCCAGUAUGAACACUACAACCGGCUCCCUGAAGUCCAGCAAGAUGAACAUGACCAGUAGCAUGAGCAUCCCCAUCUACUCCACAGAGUAUGACGAUGAGGAGGACAAGCCUACAAGGAGGCUCCUGGAUGACACACAGGAUAUUGGUGCACUUGGCUAUGAAGAAUCUGAUCCGGGGAGUGUGCAGGAUCGAGCUCCCAUCAAGAUAGAGACGGACAGUGACAGUGAUGACUACCAGAAGGAUGUUGACUUCUUCAUCAACAGCAAGCUGAGUGAGCAGCUGAUGGACAUCGAGACGAUGGACCCCGUAAUGAGGAAGUCGCUAGAGAAGUUGUAUCCAGGAAGCAGAUACCAGGACAUCGAGCUGACAUCGUCUCUCAAGUCCACGGCCAGAGAGAGUCCUCUGGAAGAUGACAGGAAGAAAAUGGCAGACAUGGCAGCUUCUGCUGCAGACAGACGUCUGGUGAAAGACGAGGAACACAAGGUGCAGACGGCAAAUGACCGGGCUAUCAAUGACAUGAAGCGACGCAUGGAGAAAGAGCUAGAAAAUGCCAAGCUGGAGCUGUUGGAGGACAAGGAUGCCCGGCUGCGGAAGCUGAAGGCGGAGAUCCGACGGGAGCAGGAGGAAGAGGAGAGGAAGCUGAGAGAUGAGAAAGAGGAGAGCAUCAAACUGGCCGAGUCGCUGCUGAUGCCACGAGAAAGUGACCUUAGUGAUCUCCGGGAAGAGUGUGAGAGAAAGAAACAAGAAGAGGAAAAGAAACUGCGGGAGGAGAUGCAGCUUGCUCUACAGAGACUCCGUGAGGAGGUGAAGUCACUACAGGCGGAGGAACAGGAUAAGCUGGAGGAGGAGAAGGCUAAGGCCCUGGAUAAACUCCACUCACAGGUGGACAUUGCAUUGUCCAGCGAGAGGGAGAAGCUGGAGGCAGAGCGCAGCAGGAAGAUGGAGAAGAUGAGGUCUAAGCAUGCCCAGGAACUGGAGGACCUCGAGAAUGAUCUGGAGAGGAAGCACAAGGCCAAGGUCGAUGACCUUAGGUCUGACCUGCAAGAGAAACAUUCAAGGGUUGGUAUGAGAUGAAGAUGGAGGUGAAAGCGGCUCCAGACGGAGCAGAGCGAGCAGCAGGAGCAGGAGCUAGAGGCAGCCCAGAAGAGGCAGAGGACCAUCAACGACAUGGAGAAAGGGCUGGAUGAGGUUCUGGCGGAGAGGAGGCAGGAGAUGAAGGAGAACCAGAAGAAGAGACUGGAGAAGUUGAGGAAGGAUCAUGAGGAAGAGCUAAGGAAGAUGCAAGAGGAAUACAAGAACAUGAUUGCCAAGGAACAGAGGAACCUGACGAGCACCUUUGAAUCUGAGAAAAGGAAACUUGAGAAGCAGCACAGCCAGGAGAUGGAGAGUCUGAAGCGUCAGUGUGCCCGGAAGAGAGAGAGUCUGCAGGAACAGCUGGAGGAUGAGGUGAGGGAGGAGCUGUAGAUAUCUUCCUCGUCCUACGUGUUUGUUUUACAGGAAGAAGAGAUCCGUGAAAAGAGUGCUGAUUUAGAGAGGAAGAAAGACAUUGAGAAGAGUUUUAAGAAUCUGGACAUUGAAGAGCAGCGGAUGGAAGACAGGAGAGAGAAGUUCCGAGAGGACCAGAACAGAUUUGACCAGCAGCAAGAUGAUGCUUUUGGUAACCGAGGCCAGUCUCUGUCAAGCCAUGAGUUGGAGAGAAUGAGAGAAGAGAGGAAGCAGCUUCUGGAAGAGAUCCGGAUGGCGAGGACAGAUGUGGAGGACUUCAAGAAGGAAAAGAGGACACUGGAGGGGGAUGUCCUGAAGCUGAAGAUGACGCGAGACCAGAACACUCGCAAACUCAAUGAACUGAAAGAGAAGUUGGACAAGAAGACCCAGGAACUAGAUAAACUGCAUCUUCGCAUCAAUGAAGCUAUUGAAGAAAACGAGACAGCUGGCCGUCAGCUCUUGCACAGUACGGUCAAAGUGGCUGACCAGACAGCUGGACGACUAUUCUUGGAUGACCUCAACCACACAGACAGGAGGACCAGCAACCCACUUCUCAGUGAUGAUGACUCCUCAAUACAAGUGCCUAUACCUAGCUCCAAGAAGAAGAGUGUGCGGAUGACAGAUGAUGCCGAGAUGAUCUCUGCCAGUGUGUUGGACAUGUUGUCUGAUGAUGAACCAGAGUCUUUAGGGACAGGAACCGUCAGUAGAGUGUUACGAGAUCACCUCAAGAAGGAGAGUUCAUCAAUUGGCCUGGCUAAGGUCUUUCUCCGCAAACAGCGACAGUCUCUAAAGCGACGACAGGCAGCACUGACUGCAGCCAAGCAGGAGCUGACUCGGGACAUGAGCCUAGCUCAGCAAGGGGUGCAGUGGGAGGUCAAUGGUGCAGGAAAUCAGAGUGAAAUGGUGGGUAGGUGCAGUGGUGGGUCAGAUGGUAGUGAAAUGGUGGGUAGGUGCAGUGAUGGGUCAGAUGGUAGUGAAAUGGUGGGUAGGUGCAGUGGUGGGUCAGAUGGUAGUGAAAUGGUGGGUAGGUGCAGUGAUGGGUCAGAUGGUAGUGAAAUGGUGGGUAGGUGCAGUGAUGGGUCAGAUGGUAGUGAAAUGAUGGCUGCUGCCGAUGACAGCAGUGCCAGACUCCUGGAUGAUGUGAGGUCCAGCCUGGACAUGGAGGCCCUGAAGCUGGACCAGAUGGAGGUGCAGAUGGCUGCUGGGUCCAGGCUCGUCCGUGAGAAGGAGCUCAAGAUAAAACAACUGGAGAACUGCAAUGUGAGUGACAGUGAGACAGAGUACACUCCCUUUGAACAUCGCUACAAACCCAUGAGUCUUCCAUCCCUCGACAUCAGCGAUGACGACGAGAGCAGCGGCAUCAGCAGCACCGACUAUAACCUCGACAACUUCAUUCAGGGAUUAACCAAACAGCAUCUGCAGCAUCAAACUCCCCCAGCCCCAGGGUCUUCCUCCUCUGUCCACAACGAGUCAGCACCGAGCCCCAGUGGUAACCCUCUAGCCCAGUCUCUGUACAAGAUCAACAGCGAGCUGUCUCGGGUGCUUGGCAUUAUCAGCACUAGUAACAACCAGCCACCUCCUGCAGGUGGUAGCACCCAUUCCUCAGCCUCCAACAACCCACAGUUCCCCAUCUAUGUCCCCCAUGCCCCCAGCACCCCCUACUCCUCCUGGGCCACGGACAACAGAUACGUCCACUCUCCCCUUCACAGAGUGGAUUACUCCAACUUGGCCCACACAGCAGAGGCAUCGCUAGAGAGGAAGUGGAGGAAGUACUUUGGAGACAGGAGACCACCUUUGACCAGUGCUUCAAAUUUAACCACAGGAUCAGUGGGCAUUGGUCAUCCUCCAGUCAGGGAACAGCUGCGACAGUACCGCCUGAGUCUGCUGGAGACCCACCAGCAGCCUGGCGUGUCCACAUCGGACAGACUGGCAGAACACAAGCUUUGGCUACAGCGCUUCCAACAGGACAUCAGCUUCGGGGCUUCCAAAUUCCGGACCUCCGGGUCCGAUGCAGGGUCGAUCACUAGUUUAGGUGGCGGCUCUGACCAGAGGUUUUAUAAUGAGCCUCUCUCCUCCACCCCAGCCCGUCCCACUCACCAAGCCUCUCACAGGGGGGGAGGGGCCAUCCGUCUUGAGCUGGAUGACAACAAUGACAUAGUUGUCCGACAAUACCAUCUGUGAUUCUGAUUCCUCAUUCUAGAAUGCUGUAGAGGAGAAAAACAUGAUAGGAAACAGUGUUCAAGACACUCCAAUGGACAAAGUGUUCAAGAAGCUGUGUAGCAUCAUAUUUCUAAGAGGGCGGUGGAGUAGCCUAGUGGUUAAAAGCAUUCGCUCGUCAUGCCGAAAACCCGGUUUCAAUUCCCCACAUGGGUACAAUGUGUGAAUCCCAUUGCUGGUGUCCCCCUCUGCAAUAUUGCUGGCAUAUUGCUAAAAGUGGCGUAAAACCAAACUCACUCGCUAAGAGAUAUGUGAAUCAACAUUGACUCAGAUACUAGGCAUCAAAUGAGACUGUCCAUAACUGUUGAUUGGAAACAGGACUGGAAUAUAUGUCUCAAUGUGUUAACAACUUAGUGUCUUUUAUCUAUCUUUUGACUGUCAAACAUGAAGAUUACUCCAAAAGAUACAGUGAAAACACUGGAUAUCAUAAAUUCUAUUUUGAACUCAUAAGGUGGUUAAGUAGUCUGACUCCAAAACAACUGAACAACCUGCUGUUUGAUGUUUUCAGGAAGUUGUUACCAAAGAUGCACACAAGCACCUGCACUGUCUCACUGCCAAACUCUUUUGUUGUCCACUGCUUCCUCCACUCCAGGUGUUUGUGAACUAAUUCCUGUGAUGUACUUAACGGUCACAGAUAACCAUGCAAGAGCACCUGCACAGUGGCAGCUGUGUUAUAACCAACUUCAGAAGAUGGUGGACAGUGGUCAAGCAUGACCAGUUUCAGUUUUGUACUUAAUACUGUAACCCUGUAACCUUUAACCAAUUUUCAUAUGAAAUGAUACAUUGUGAUAGACUAGCCAGACAAAUGAGUGAAUUUGGGGAAAAUAUUGUAGUUGUGUGAGAAAUCUGUUUGUUGAGGUUUCUGGCUAUAUUCUACUUCUGAAUGUUGUUGUCAAGAGGGUGCACUGGUGGUCCACUGGUUGUCGGGUCCUUAUUCUCGAAACGUUCGUAGCCCUAAGGGGGCGAAUUCUUAACUCUGAUCAAAGCCAAUGUGUUAAGAAUGGGCUUAAGAAAUUCGUAGGGCUUCGAACGUUACGAGAAUAGCUAGCGAGGUCCCUAUUUGCUGUGAAGAGUUGCUUCCCCUAUAUGUGCUAGGAUCCUCUACUCAUGGUCCAAAUCAAAGAUUAUACCCCUUAAUGGUCCUUAGUUUCUCCACAUGACAUGCUUGAUGUGAAGAAGUUGUGAAUGUCGAUGGUUCUUCACACAUUAAGUUGACAAGCUGGAAAAAAACUGAAAUACCACCAGAUUAAACCCAACUCAGACAUAGUACUUCUACAGUGAUGUUCACUGACAUGAGAAAAGAAAUCAUCUCAGUGUUUGACCAGACAGAACAUGCCCCGUGUCUUGGAUGUGUCUGAUAUAGCUACAAAUAUUUUGAUUGCUCCGACAUUGUAUAUGAAAUACCCUGCAUCACAAUGCAUGUAUUACUAAGACAAGUGCCAUCUUCAAACUUGUUCCUCAACCGUCCAGUCUUUUUUUAUGUACAUGAGUGUUUAGUUUUGCUAUGCCAGCAGAUGACUAUUUUAUGAAGAUAAAAACAGUCAGGGCUUGAUCGUGACGAUCUUACCCAGAGAGCAUUUGUAUUUUUAACAGCAAUGAGACUACUUGCCUAUGCAAUAUAUUUUGUGGUGUGUAAAUAUAUCUUUAAAAAAUUAGACAUUUUAUUGACUGACUACAAUGUACAUAGAUAUUUUAUGAAAUGCAUGCUUAUAUGCAUGUGGUCAUUUUAAUACCAGGCAGUGAUAUAUGAUUGUAUAUAGAUUGUAUAUACAUGAAGGCAGUGCAUUGUAAUCGAUUGUAAAUACAUAAAAACAAUGCAGACAUACUUAAUGCAUUUUGUAUAUUACCCCUUAUAGGACUGCAUGAUUUUGCAUGCAUCAAUACAUUGUGUAUACACUUAUUUCAUAGUGCAUGAUUGUAUAUACACACUACACAUUGCACGGUUUUAUAUACUUGGUACAUUGUGCAUGUAUUCAGUGCAUAGUGUAUGAUUGUAUGUGCAAACGUAUUACGUGGUGAAUGAUUGGAUAUGUUAUCAGUUAGCAGUUAUUACAAUGUGCAUGAUUGUACAUGAAUGUAGUUAGUUGUAUGAUUGUAUAUAGUCAGUGCAUGACAUGUUAUCAUAUAUUCACCUAGAACACAGCUCAAUAUGAGCAUUAAGUGUCAUGUUCAUCUUCGACUUUUGAUACAACGUACAUAAUGUCUGUAGAAUGUACUUCAUCAUAAUGCCAUUAGUUUUACAUUGUUGCAUCAUGGAUAUGGUGACCAUAAUUUGAAAUUGAGAAACAUUUAUUCAAAAUUCCUCUCUUUCUUUGGCAAAUAUAUUCUGAGAAUAAUUUAAAUAUCAUCCGCAACACUGAUAUGAUGCCCAAUUUGACAUUUAUAUUCGGCCAGAUCAAUCAGUCGGAGCUCCUUCUGUGCAAACUAGAUUUUCCGCUCUGCCCUUUCCUUGAUAGAUGGCUAUAACACCAUGCUGAAAUUAACUCCCUAUGUCUUCCAAGAAAUGCCAGCAUUUCACACACUUACAGUUUGAAAGUUCCAUGAUUGAGAUUAAUGUCAUUUAUUUAUUUCCUCAUCCAACACCUGCCUGGCAGACCAUUCUGUAGUCCAGCAAAUAUAUAAGUAAUGGCAUGAAUGUCAUCGUCAUCUGUCUGUAGCAGAAUAUUAUCGUCGUCAUCUGUCUGUAGCCUGGUAUGCGUAACCUUUUUCAUUGUAAAACACCAUCUAUUGAUUGUUUUCUUUGUGGCCCGUUGUGUAUCACUGGAAGAUGCAAUGUGUCAAAUAUUCAGGGUCAUGACAUAGUGUGCAGUACAUUGAAUAGUGUAUAUAACCUUCACCUCAUAACGACCCUUACCCUCCGACCUUCUCAACUCUAACCUUUAGUCAUACAGGUGCUCAAUAACAGAUGUAAGGAGGCAUUGUAUUGGCUAAUAUUGGCCAUUAAUUAGAAUAUUAGUAAUUUUUAGUUGAAAUAGAUCUUUGAAUCUUUCUUAAAAUGAAUAUCACGACAGUUUAGAGUAUUCAGUCUCUGCAGGUUGUAUUACUUAGUUCAACAUUUCAUUCACAAUGCCAUAGUUACAUGAAGAAAGGAAGUUAGUUUCUGAUUCCUUAAGUGAUCUCUCUUUACACUGAAUCAGUGGAGUAAGAAAAUGGUUAAACUGAAAUAAUGUAAGCCACAAAUAUUUUUCAACUGUUCAACGGAUCUCCCAACAUCUUUUGUUUGUUAACUGGGUCAAUAUUUGUCAGUAUGACCAAAUAUCUACAGUGUUGUGUCAGUUAACAUCCGUUUGCUGUUGAAUAAAUAAGUUUUUUAGUUCAGUCAAAUAUAUCAUAAUGGCUCAUCUCAUGACUAUUUCAGAUGUUUCUAUAUUUGAUGGUAACAGUACUGGAACUGAUGUUAUAGAAGUGAAUCCUUUAGAGGUAGAUAUGGCACCAGACUUGUCCAAUUCUGUUUGGGUUAAUUAUGUCACACCUUUAACACUAGGGUAUUGUGCCUGUUAUCUCGAGUACUCACAGGUUUUAUCUUCUAGUGUCACAAGCAUUACUCUUACAAGGGAGACCACUGGAGAUUGCAUUAGACUUCAUAUUUGGUUAGGAUUAUGUGCAAAUCAUGUUUUAUAAGUUUAUCUCCGAUUGAAAGAAAUAUUGAACUAUUAAUUACCAAACAGACUUGACAAAGUCAUGUGUAUUUAAUCCCUGACUGAAAACUUUCUGCUCCACACAGGGAAGUGUCGCAGUGUGGGGAGUGGUGUAGUAGAGCUCUCUGUGAUAACAAUACACGACCAGCAUUACAGUGUCCUAUAUGUGAUGUGUCAUGUUGUCUGUGUAAUCUCUUCAAGUGCUACAUGUAUGAUAUCAUCGAGGAAUCCACUUUCUCCGACCCAUAUAUAACCACAUAUUUAGAGAUUCAUCCAACAUUUUGACUUGAAGUUUGUGCAGGAAUAACUCGGAAAAUAUGUGCUUUUCGGUUUGGGAAAUGAUCAAAAUGAACUGUGAAAACCCUGAUUUAUUUUUCUUUUUCGAGUGAAUUAAGUGUAUUUGAUAUGCAAGUACAAAUGCAUGGUUGUACAAGAUGACAAGGCUAGUUUGCUGUGUACUGGAUACCUUCGGGCCAUGUUGGUAAUGGAUCCGCACAAGCUCUUUCCCUAGUUAUGGUUUGUUUAUUGUUCAGAUGUCACUAACAAGGGGCUUGUGUGUUUGCUUUUUUAAAAUACGCUUUCGUAAGUACAUGGUAUUUUCAUUCACCACACAGUAGAUCUACAUGUUUUCUACUGUAAUUGUUUUCGUUGCAUGUAACUGAUCAGGUUGCUGCACAUCAUAAUGGAAUUUCUUUUUCGAGUUAAUUUCGAUGAUGAAACGUACCAUAAUGGAAUUUAUUUUGGGGUGUGAUUUUCGAUGAUGAUGCACAGUAUAAUGGAAUUCCUUUUGGGAAUAAUUUCGGAUUUCAUAAUGGAAUAUCUGUUUUUCGGGUUAUUUUCCAUGGUGAUGCACACUAUAAAGGAAUUUCUGUUUUUGAGUAAAUUUUGAUGAUGAUGCACAACAUAAUCGUAUCUUGCUUUUUUUUCGAGUAAUAUGUUAUGUUAAUGUCUGAUGUUUUAUCUUAAUGAUUUGCUUUGAUGUUUAAUUUUAUGUUUUUAUUAUUAAAUAUACAAAUGCAUGCGAGGGCAUUUUUCUGCAUCAAACAAAUAUGGCUGACAGGUAUCCGGUAUAAGUGUACUGGCCACACUAAGAUAUAGAAGCUGUUACCAAAGCAUGUCUUGUUUGUGUGCACAUAUGCCUUUAUGAAAUCGGGAAAUGUUACAGUUAGGGAAGUCUCUUUUUGUGGUCAUUUUUGAACGAACCUGCAGCAGGUGUAUGUCCAGCUGACUGUUGGGAACUCACUUUUCAUGAUACAUUUGUCACCUCAUCUGUCUGUGUGCCUUGAUAUUAUACAUGGUUGCUGUAGUUUGUAGUAACAUUUUUAUAGAUGUCUGGUUCUUACACACUAGGUACAAAGUGUUCAAGAUCCUCUCCACAGGGCCCUGAUUUCAGUGACAGGGGCCCUGAAUGUGGUUUCAUGGGCACUAUUGAAGAUUGUGGGGUUAAAGUAGGAGUGUGGACAUGGUUUACAUUUCAAAAUAUUUGCAACAAUCUUUUAAGCAGGCGAUUUUUUGACAGCUCAAAACUCCAAGAAUUUUGUUUCUUUAGUUGUCAGUUGAUGAAGGUUUGAGAUAAAGAAUAAAGUAGAUGUUGAUAUGGUAAGUUGUUUCAUAUCAAAAUGCCUAAAUGAAAAUGACAUUGCAUUUCUCAGUUUUGUCAUAUCAAUAAGAUAAAUCAUAAGGUUGUAGAAUUGAAUUAGAAACAGUUAUAUGUCAUUUCAUAGUGAAUUGUAACUAAUAUCCAAACUGAAGAUUUGAAUAAAGCCAAUGUGAACAAGAUCAUAUCACAAAGUUAUAGUGUCAUGUAAAACCAAUGUCAAAUAUCGUUAAGUCCAUAUUUAAUAGUGGAUAUAUAAACAAAUCGGUUUAUCGACAAUUCUGUGCUGGAAUGUCCAUCCACCAAGUGUUAAAACAAUACUAAGACCUGUUAUUUUAUCAUAUGCAUAAUAUCAAAUUAUGAAAAUAUAUACAUGCUUGUACCUGACUUUCUUGAUUUUGCAUUAUAGCAGGUUGAAUUCAUUAAGUAAGAACUCUUAACUAUAGUAUCUUUGUCCCUGGAACCUUAUGUAAACAUUGUUGUGAUGUCCCUCUGUGUAACACACACAGCCAAAAUGAUGCUGAGAAUGACUUUAUCACAGAGUGAAAUCCCAUGUUGGUGUAGUCUGUUUACAUAGAGCCGAAGGAGUGGUUGGGUGGAAUAAUGGCUAAAGAGUUCGCUCAUCAUGCUGAAGACCCGAGCGAUUCACCACAUGGUUGCAGUGUGUGAAGCCCAUUUCUGGUGUCCCUGCCCUGAUAAAAGUGUAGAAAUAAACUCACCCUCUCUCAGCCCCUACUGAUGGUGUCCUUGUAUAUGUAUUUUACAGAUAUCCGUCCAAACACAAACUGUAUUACUCUCACCAGUAACAUCAAUAUAUUCAUCACAGCUGUAACUGACAGUUAUUGAUAUUUUAUUUAGGAUUUUACAUUCUAUACUGAUUUUUUAAAUAAAGUACAUUUUAGAAGCAAAUAAUAAUUUAUGAGAGUAAUCACUAUUCAUCAGGGGCAGUAUCCAUAAACAUUCUUUGAAUUUCUUAAAAAUACAGUUAACUCUCUUAUAAAAUUCUUAGUUACCGGUAAUAGCUAUAUUAACUCUAAGAGAAACUUUUGUUUGUGAGCAAAGUGAAACUCUACAGUAACACUUUAGUUUGGACAAUGGUUGCCACCUGAGAAUUACUUUUUGGUGUGAAACUCAGCUGAUGCAGCUAUGGUGUGGCAGGUUCUACAAUACUGAAUACAUAAGAAAAUUCUUAAUUUGCUAGAAGUCCUUUCUGGUAUUCGAUCUAUGAUUAACUUUUGGUAUACGAAAAGCUACGUUAGAAGUCUCCGAAGUUUUAUGAAUACUGCCCGAAAUUUAUAUCAUACAAAUUAGUGGAAGCUAGAAACAGAAUGGUGUGUGCUGUAGUACUGCAGCGACAUGAAGUGUUGUUUUAGUUACACAUAUUACCCUGCCUUGCUGUAUACUAACAUCCAACACAGACUGUAUUGUAUAUUUUAAGACUUUUGUCUGAAUAAAGAAAAUACGAUUA